AUGUCCAGACGAAAACAGGCAAAACCAAGAGCUCUCAAACGUGAGAAUGAGUUUGUUAUUUUUGACAAAUGCAAUGACAUUGAUAACGGAACACAAUGUGAGUCUGUCCAAUCAGAUUCAGUGACGGAAACGGUCAGUGAUAUAGUCACAGCUAGUAACCAUGACAACCAAUUGGAUGCGGGUAGCGGGGAUGAGAACAGGAUGGCAAUGAUGAAAGUUGAAAGUGAUGAAGAUUCUGAUAGUGAUGAAAUAAAUGAUGAGGAAAUGAUGAUGAUGAACGGAGAAGAGGAAGAGGGUGAAAUAUACAAAUGUGAUUGUUGUAGAGCCACGUUCACCAGCUUAUCGAAGUUUAUGGACCAUAGAAAUAUGCAAUGUAAUGAAGAUAUGGGAAUAGAUGGAAGUCCUCGCAUCUUAGAUAGCAAAGAAAGUUCCUUUGAUUCUGCUGAUGGAGAAGCCAUGUACAAAUUGAAUGAAGAUGGAACUGAAGCAUAUCUUGUUGGACAACAUAAUAUGGAUUUCUCAUAUUCUCAACAAUAUACAAUGAGUCCUGGAGCUUUGAAUCCAUAUGCGUGUCAGUUCUGUGAUAAAGCUUUCUCACGUCUAACAUAUCUCAAGAAGCAUGAACAGGUACAUAGUGAUCAGAUGCCAUGGAAAUGUAAUUUUUGCAGUCGUCUGUUUAAACACAAAAGAAGUCGAGAUCGCCAUGUGAAACUGCACACAGGUGAUAAGAAAUAUCAAUGUCCGCACUGCCAGGCUGCAUUUGCCAGAAGUGACCACCUUAAAAUUCAUGUGAAGACACAUAACUCAAACAAACCCUUUCAGUGCAACGUCUGUAACCGUGGUUACACCACAGCUGGAGGUUUGACUGCUCAUUCGUUUUCUCAUCAUAGGAAUGCAUCCACAUGUAAGGAGAAGGAGUUUAAAUGUCUGCAGUGUACCUUGUCAUUUAAUUCCUCACAAGAUCUACAAAUGCACGUAUUGACACACAGUCAGAAUGCAAACAAAGAGACUGUAAUGCAGUGUAGUUACUGUGCAGAAUUAUUCAAUGGUAAAAAUGCACUAUUAGUGCAUGUGGAAAAAGCACACUGUCAUGACAAGAGAAAUAAGUGCCCAAUCUGUACAGAGUGCUUUCAGACAGUAGACUUCCUGUAUGAGCAUAUGAACACACAUAGUCAGAGACCAGAGUACAAAGCCAAGUAUCGAUGUCCAUACUGCCCUAAACAUGAUUUUCCAAGUGUUGCAGUUUUAAGUAUUCACAUUGAGACCAUUCACACUGAUAAGCCAACACAACUACAUACGUGUGAAUACUGCGGUGAAGAGUUACCAAGUAUUAUGAAUCUUAAUGAUCACAUCAAAUCACUACAUGACAAGAAACAUUGCUGUCAGUAUUGUACUUUGCAGCUUGAUGGGGAAGCUGAACUUCAAAUGCACAUUAGUAAUGUUCAUGCAAUUUCAAACAUGGAUAAAUGGUAUUGCCAGCAGUGUACAAUGGGAUUUGCCUCUGAAACAUCUCUUCAAGAACAUCUAGAAAAUGUACAUAAUGCAUCCCAUAAUGCCAUGUUUUCCUGUGAACAUUGCAUGAAGGUUUACACAAGUCAGGAGAUGCUUGAGGAGCAUCGCGAAAAGACACACAGAAAACCACUAGAGACUAUGAAAUAUCCAUGUCCAUACUGCAAGCAGAAUUUCCAGGAUUUGGAGCAGCUGCAGUCUCAUCUGAAAACACAUAUGGGGAAUUCUGCUACUGGACCUAAUACAUGUACCUACUGCAAUCUAGAGUUUGCAAGAGAAGAAGAAAUGCAAAAACAUGUUGUCACACAUUUUGUGGCAGUUAAUGUUGAGUACAGUUGCCAGAAUUGUGUUAAAUCAUUUCCCAAACCUGAUGAACUUCAAAAGCAUUUGUUUGACAUACAUGCCCAUCAUCUAUAUAAGUGUUCACUAUGUAAAGAAGUAUUUGAUAGCAAAGUGUCUGUGCAAGUCCACUUUGCUAUUAAACACAGUAAUGAAAGUAAACUCUUUAAAUGCACCAAAUGUGGUGUUGUUUUCCGCAAAGAAAGUGAUCUUCACUUGCAUAUACGAAUGGAUCAUCUGCACCAUUCCACUCGCAUGUAUCGAUGUUUAUUUUGUCACAUGGCAUUCCAAUCUGAAGUGGAGUUCCAAUGUCACCUGACCACACACAAAAAACAGUUCCAAUGUGACAAGUGUGAUGCUGCCUUUCCAACACAACAAAUGUUGAGUAUCCAUGACAACAGUAAACAUAGUAAACCCUCAAAGUAUGAGUCAACUGACACAAAAGUAAUCAAAAUCAAGCAGGAACCAGGGACAGAAAAAGAUCAUGUCGGUGAAGUGAAUCCAGGUGACUCUGUAGAGAGAAUUCAAUCAAACGAACAAAUAGUCGUUCAAGUUUCAAAAAGAUCUAACUUUUCUUGUGAUAUUUGUGGUUCAACGUUUGCAGUGAAAAUUCUACUUGAAAAUCACCAAAUUCUAGAGCAUAGCAAUCAAAUGCAAAACAGUUUUAAUAGUCAGAACAAGAUGCAGAAAGAUUCACCAAUCAGUGGAACAUUAUUUAUGUGUCCAAUGUGUAUGAAAACAUUCACCUCAUCUAUUGACCUGCAGUCACAUCUGGGUGCCCAUCUUCUAGAAAUGGAACAGCAUAAACUGUUGAUAGCAAAGAGGACAACAAGUAUUUGCAGUGUAUGCAAAGAAAUGAUUGUCUCAGAGACAGAUUUUUUAAGUCAUGCUCAACGACACAACAAUGAGAAAAGCAGUACCAGCAGCACUAUUGACUGCGUUGUGUGUUUACAAUCCCUCACCAGUAUGGCUGCUUUACAGUUACAUGCACGUUAUCACACCCAAGCACAUGACUCUAUCAAAAUGUACCAGUGCUACAAUUGUCAUCAUAACUUUGAUUCAACUGUGAAUUUGACUGUUGUUUUAGACAGUAGUGGAAAACCAACAUAUUGCUGCCAAGAAUGCCAAGGUAAAAUGCAAGAUGUUGUGGAGCAGCCAAUCUUUCGCUGCCCAAGAUGUAAAAUAAAAUGUGAAACACAGGUUGACUUAGAUUCUCACAUGUCUACACAUGUACAAGAGAAAACAUAUCAGUGUAUAAAAUGCCAGAAAACCUUUACAACUGAAAAGGACAUACAAAUCCAUGUGACCACACACAUGAUAGAGGAAGGUAUGCACCAUGAGUGUAAGCUCUGCCAACAUGUGUAUGAUUCCCCAGCAAAACUACAAUGUCAUUUAAUUGACCAUACAUACCCUGAUAAAAAUUAUCGAUGUCAUAUUUGUAAUGCUCUUUUCAGUUGUGCGCUUGAUAUUCAGACCCAUGCUAUUGGCCAUGGCAUGGAUUCUCGUGACUUCAAAUGCGACCGCUGUACGCAGGUGUUUUUCUUUGAAGCAGAGUUAGAAAAUCACAUUAUGGUAGCACAUAAAUUAGCAGUAUCGUCCAUUUCAGAGCAAGGACUUGGUGCAUCUGUAACCUCACUGUCAGUUUCUGCCAAUUCUACAGCCUCGCUUUCUGUUUCAUCAGCGUCUGUCUCACCAACAACUUCCAACGAGUAUCAGUGUAUUGAAUGUUCACGCACUUUCUCAUCGCACACUAAUCUUCAAAAUCAUAUGAAGAUCCACCUUACUAAAGACAAAACAUACAAAUGUUCGCUCUGUCCGGAGGUAUUUUCAACCACAGUUGACAUGCAGCAGCACUAUUUCCGCACACACUCUGAAUCUGAACUUGGUCAACGAAAGAAAACCUACAAGUGUGCACAGUGUGAUAAAGUUUUUCCAUGUAUGAGCAACUUACAGGGACAUAUGCGUAUUCAUACGUUAGGAAAAAAAUAUCCCUGUUCUAUAUGUCAUAAGGUGUUUGCUUUAGCCAGGAACCUGACAAUUCAUAUGCGUUCUCAUAGCGGGGAGAAACCUUACCAGUGUCCCCUAUGUGAUAAACGAUUUGCACGAAAAGAAAACCGCAAAGUUCAUUUGAAAGCCCAUAGUGGCCUGAAACCAUUCAUGUGCCCACACUGUGGGAAGAUGUUCUCGCGGAAAUGCCAUGUUAAAGAUCAUAUGAGAACGCAUUCACAUUUAACCCUCCAUCCAUGUAGUAUGUGCGACGAUGUCUUCUCCCAGAUCAAAGAUCUUCAAAGACAUAUUAACAGCGAACACAACAAUGAAGACGAACCAAUUGAAAAUGAUGAAAAUGGCAUUUUGAAAAAUAAGAGCAAGACUCCAUAG